UGGCCAGGCCGUGUCGCUGCUCCUCCGCGCCCUCUACGGAGGAGACCCUCAGCUGGACAGUCUGAAGCCAAAAGAAAUCUAGCAGAUUUCUAUGUUGGCGAAAAAGUACGCCAUGACUCCUCGGGUUUCCAGGCAGGCUUUUAUAUGGUUGUACUGUCCCGUGAAAGACCCAGACGAAUUCUGGUGGCUCCUGAAUGCAGCUUAUGUUCUUGAAUGUCCUCUUCCAUUCCACUCCACAAGCAAAAAAGUUUUCAAAUUUGCUGACAUUUCGCUUCUUCAAUUGGCAAGUGGGACAACGGACGUUUUACUGGGUUUUCGGCUGGCUUUGGCCUUGGAGGAGCUCCGGGCGUUCAAACCGCUAGGGAGGGGACUCUGUCUACAUUGUUUCAAGACCGCAACAACAAAGUUUCUGGAUCGUGGUCCGCGAUGCCCAGAUCCCUCGCUUCACUCCAUCAAAUAGGACGCGUGGACCGUCAUAACCCCCCCACACGUCCAAGACAGCCAGAGGAUACAAGCUCAGCGAAAGUUGGAGUUCGCAAGUCCAUAACCC